UAUAAAAAAGUUUUCAUAAAAACUCUUUAGUGUUCGGCGCAGAUAACAUAUCUAAGACAAUUCAAAUUUCUGAAAUCUCAGCUCCAUUGGGCCCUCGACAUAAUUUAGUUGGCAUUUUCACAGAAGAGACCAACCAGCAUGGACACCUACAGAUUCGGAACGGUCGACUACGCGGUCUUCCUGGGCGUGACCAUACUAUCCAUCGCCAUAGGACUGUACUUCGGAUUUAUUAGAAAGAGCAGAAAUGGGCCAAAAACCACGACGCCAACUAAUGAGGCACCUGAAAGGCGUCAUCAGAACUUUGGAUCGAAGAAGAUGAAUGACUAUAUGAUGGGAUCGCGCAAUCUUAGGGUUUUUCCCGUUGGAAUGAGCUUGAUAGCGAGCUGUAUAUCUGCGGUGGCGAUCAUAGGCACUCCUUCUGAGAUUUAUAAUUAUGGCACGCAGUACUGCUUUAUAGUCAUAGCUCUGGUUCUCCAAGGACUUGCAGUAUCGUAUAUCUAUUUACCCGUGUUUUCGGCUCUUCAAGUAACCUCUUCCUACGAGUACUUGGAGAUGCGUUUUCAUUCUGCCAUCAGAAGCAUAGUUUCGAUCAUCUUCAUCCUGGAUGUGGUUCUAUAUUUGCCGUUCCUCGCUUACCUGCCCGCCUUGGCCUUGAAUCAAGUUUCUGGGAUGAACAUGUACCUAAUUGAAGCUUUCAUCAUAGUGAUUUGCGUUAUUUAUACUGUCUUGGGCGGUCUAAAAGCAGUGGUUCAUACGGACAUCUGGCAGGUUGUGAUCAUGUUUGCUUCCGUUCUAACGAUUGUUGUUCUGGCCACCUGUUACAUCGACGACCAAGCUGACUUUCUUGAAGGUCUUGUGCGCGGAGGUCGUCUGAUAUUUAGCGAGACCAAUCCCUCGCCCUUUGCUCGUCACACCGUUUGGAGCGUUGUCAUCGGCAACACCUUCUACUGGACCUCACUGAAUGCGGUGCACCAGACCGUGGUUCAUCGGUAUAUGUCCUUGCCCACUCUGAAGAUGGCACGAGCCUCCAUCGCCUUCCUUGUAGUUGGAGCUGCCUUCUUUAUUUCACUUCUCUGCUAUUUGGGGUUACUCAUAUUCCAUGCCUACAGGGAUUGCGAUCCGUUGAGUGCGGGAUUGAUCAUGAACGACGAUCAACUGGUGCCCCUCUUCGUGGUCAACAGCUUAGGCCAUGUCUAUGGAAUGCCUGGUCUAUUUAUUGCCGGCAUUUUUGGAGCUAGCUUGAGUUCGCUGUCCGUGUAUCUAAACUCAACGUCACUGGUGAUUCUGCAGGAUCUAGUACGUGGUUGUUUCAAAAUGGAGCUAGGGGAAUGGGCAUCCACGAUAGUGGUCAAGGGCAGCAUUGUUGUAUUGGGACUUCUCGCGUUUGCCAUGGUAUUCGUCCUUGAGAAGGUGAGUGGCGUCCUUAGCAUAUCCGUCUCUUUGGCGGCCAUUGCGGCUAGCUCCACUUUCGGCAUCUUCACCGUGGGUAUGCUGGUUCCUUGGGCAAAUACAGUCGGCACGGCAGUGGGCGGCAUCGCCAGUGUUCUGCUAACAGGAUGGAUAUCCUUCGGAUCUCAGUUCGCUGCGGCAUCGGGACAACUGGGAUCCCAACGACUUCCGGUCUCUGUGGAAGGAUGCUUGGCCAAUGCUAGUGUUGCUGAAAACGCUUGGGUGGCCGAAGAGGAGGUGUUCCCACUUUACCGUCUUUCCUACCACUGGAUAAGUCCCAUCGGAGUGCUUACAGUCGUCGUUGUGGGCUCCUUGGUCUCGCUGGUAACCAAGCCCACGGAUAUCAAGAGCCUCGACUCGGACUUGAUAACUCCAGUGAUUCACAGGUUUCUUCCUAAAGAAUGCUUCGAACAGGGAAAUGCGGAGGAAAACUCUGUCAAGGAUAACCCACUGUUAUUUUAAAAAAAGGAUUAAAUGUUUAACCAACUAACUAACAUUUGGGGAAUCAUCUUUU